UUAAUUCAUUGUUGCUAUAUUGUAACUUUCAGGGAUGGGGAGAGGUGUUUGUGAGAUUUUCUGUUCCAGCUACAAAAAUAAUUGGGCUGCUUUUCUGUAUUCUGCAUUUUGAUUUGAGUCAGGGUUGGUACUAUUUGCUGUUCUGCCUCAGGCAGCAAACUGUCUUGGGUUGAUCUUUUCAAACUACUUGAAUUCACUGAGGCUACUGUUGUAGAUAAGUUUGGCCAAAGAAACAGUUGUUUCAUGGGAGAGAAUAGUGUUGUGCUGCUUGAAAAACUUAAAAGUUUUAUUGGCAGCCAAGGGGUGGUGCUGAAAACAUAUGGGUGAAGGGCGGGUGUUCUGGAAGCAUUGUUUCAGAUCUGCUGGGUGCACGGGGGAGGCAGAAGUGUGAUUAUUAUCCCAGAUGGUUACAUGCCUGAUACAAUAAGGAUUUUGCACUCUAUAUGAUGCUGCUAUUAAAGGCAGUAGUAAAGGUGCAAUCCUAUACACAAACCUUUCACAAUACUGAAAGAUACAGUGCUGGCUAGGAAUUAAAGGAAUUGCCCUUCAACCCAUCUGGAGGGCAUUGGGUUGGGAAAGGCUGCUAUACACAGUUAUCUAGGAGUAAGUCUCAUUGAACUCUGCAGGAUUUAUAUCUAAGUAGACAUGAAUAUGAUUGCACACUAAAAUGGAGGGAAUAGAUAGAUCAUCAGAAGUUUGGAACCAACUCAUAUGGGAAUCAAAGAUCAUGACAAUGUUUAUGGUUACAUUUGAAAAGGCCCAUCAUUGUAUCAAACUGUUCCUCAUAGUUGCAGUGCAUGUCAGAGGGAUGUCACCUGUCGCAUUUCUGCCUGGAAUACAAUAGUUAUAAAAACACAGAAAUCAAUCAAGAACGAGAACGGUAGGGCCCUUCCAGACCAAACUAGACUUAAAACAACCUCGAAAAUCUUAAAUCUCUCUCUCUCUCUCUCUCUCUCUGGGGUGGAGCGAUUGGACAAUUUGAGAAGGAACGUCACACAGAGGCGGUCCAAGAUGGCUGCGCCCAGUGCGGGAGGUCAGGUUUGCAAGGGGAGCGCGCGAGCUAAUACUGGAAUAACGGGCCGGGGGCUGAUUUAGAAAGCGGGUUGGUGAAAAGGCUGGAAGGGUCUGUACCUUAGCCGGUUAAAUGCAAAAUAGAGUAGGCAGUGGUGGAGCGUCUUCGGCUUUUACCUUGUAAUCAGUUUAAAGGGGCUUGUGACUGCAACAAAUGGGUUACCGUGUUUGCACAAAUCGAUGUGCUUGUAAGACCAACGUGAAAGCAUGUAUUAUUAUGAAAAGCGAUUUUUUCAUCUCAUGCAAGACUGAUGUGAGUGACCUCCAGUGUUGUCCUGUCUUUUUCAUCUUUGAUUCUGGAAAGACAGGCUGCUUGCAAUGAAAUAUACAUGGGCAUUAUUGCUAGCCUGGGAGCUCUCUACAGGAAGGGGAAGUGUCCUGAGGCAGGCUGCUUCUAAGAGGAAUCUCUGGCAAGGACAGAGAAGUGGCUGCCCCCAGAAUUCAAGGUUGGUUCUUGUGAGAAGCAUUCACAUGAGCACAGCUCUUGGCAAAACCACUCUUCCUAGCAAGGACAAUAAGGAAAAUACAAAACAUGAUGAAGAGUCUACCAUCCGAUCCUUGGUGACUGUUGAAAAUCUCUUUAAGAAAGUGUCUGCAGAGGCAAAAACAAAAGCCACAUUCCUGCAAGCUUUGGACAUAUUUUGCAAGCGGGACAUCCGCCGCAGGGGCCAUGUGGAGUUCAUCUAUGCAGCCCUGAAGAAGAUGCCAGAGUUUGGGGUGGAGAGGGACAUUAAUGUCUACAAUAAAAUCUUGGAUGUCUUCCCAAAGGAAGUAUUUGUGCCUCGCAAUUUCAUCCAGAGGAUGUUCAACUAUUACCCACGGCAACAGGAGUGUGGUAUCCAGGUGCUGGAACAGAUGGAGAACUAUGGUAUAAUGCCAAACAAAGAGACGAAGUUCCUGCUGCUCCAGAUUUUUGGGGACAAAAGCCAUCCUGUCAGAAAAUUCCAAAGGAUCAUGUACUGGUUUCCCAGGUUCAAACACGUCAAUCCCUACCCGGUCCCUGAUCCUCUGCCACAGGACCCAGUUGACCUUGCGAGGCUGAGCCUGCAAAGGAUUGCAGCUGACCUGGAUGCCAGGGUCACGGUAUAUCAGCUCCCUCAUGUUGAGCUCUUGGACUCUGGAAAGUCUCUUCACCAUCAACAUAUUGUAGGAAUUCAGAGUCCUGACCAGCAGUCACUCCUUGCUCAUCACAAUCCUGACAGGCCAGUCUUCGUAGAAGGCCCCUUCCGCUUGUGGCUUAAGAGUACUCGUGUAUACUACUAUGUGCUCAGAGCAGAGCUGUUGCCUCCAGAAGAAAGGAAGGAAGAAGUGAUUGACCCAGAAAGGAAUUUCUACUACUCCAUGUAUCUGGAUUUUGACCUGGAACGGGGUCCUUGGGAUGAUGAAGAAUUUGACAUAGAUGAAGUUGAGGAGGGCCCUGUAUUUGCCAUGUGUAUGGCAGGGGCAGGAGAUCAGGCCACCUUGGCCAAAUGGAUUGUGGGCCUUCAGGAAACAAACCCUAUUUUGCGUCAAACACCAGUUGUAUUCCGCCUCACACCUAGUCCUCAGGAGCUUCAGGCAAGCACCAAGUUGGAAGACAAUGGAGAAGAAGAUGUGGACACUCAGCAUCUCCACCAAAAGUGUUGAGCACCUGCUGAUCCAGUUUUAGGCUACACUAUAGUGGUGCAUAACUUAUUGGAUUUUAUUUCAUCCCUGUGCUUUAAAUUCCAAAAAAGGCUAAUGCAGUCAUCCCUUUAAUUGGGUGGAAUAGUUUUAGGUUAAAUUCUAAGUAGGUGGGGGAGCAUUGAGGGCAUCUGCCCUUGCAAACAAAACACUUUUUCUUAGUUGCAUUACUAAGGCAGCUUUGCUAUAAGCUUUGCACAAAGUUGUUGAUGCUGAUCUACCAUUAGCCUGUUCUUUUGCAAAUAAAAAAUCAAGCCAGGAA